AUGGUUUAUCCAGCACGCUUUCAAGCGUCACAAGCUAACGCGCUGCAGCUGUCCUACUCGGCGAGGCAUACACCAUUGCCGCAGAAACCGCGCAUGAUAAUACAACUGCCCUCCUGGAAGAGUAUACGACGCACGGCCGGCGAAAUCAGCGCCUCCGCCUGGGAGCUGGCCUUCCGCUUUGGCCAGAGCACCACAAUACAUGGCGUCAAUCGGUUGUUCAGCAGGAGUGCCGGAAAGUAUGAACGCUUCGUCUGGUUCCUCACCGUCAUGCUUGCCCUACUUGGCGCUAUAUAUGUCAGUCACUUACUCUCUGAUCGUUUCAGCGAAGGCCGUUUAGAAACUGUAGUGGAUAGCACUCGCUAUCCCAUCUAUCACAUCAGCUUUCCGGUAGUGGCCAUUUGCAAUAUGAACCAACUGAAUUGGGAAAGACUGGAAGAGGCCAAGCGUCGUUAUCUCGAGCCCGAUACGACACCGGAAAAUCAAGAACUCUUUGAGCGUGUUAUUGGCAGUUUUGAUGGUAUACACUUUGCCGGCUUUGAGAGUUUUUUGAAAUUCCAAAACAUAUCUCUUGAUGCGCUGAACUACGUCAACUUUACUGAAGUAAUGAUAUUUAUGACUUGGCGUUGCGAAGAAUUAUUGAGUGAAUGUAUUUGGAAUCACUUCCCUAUGAACUGUUGUGACAUCUUCUCUUUGCGACGCAGCAAAAAUGGUCUCUGUUGGGCUUUCAACACUUUGGAAACGGAUGAGGGACGACAGCGGCAAAAGGUUGAUCCGCUGUGGCCUUGGCAUACAGGCGCCGCCGGUCCGGGUAGUGGCCUUAUGGUGCGCGUAGAUGUCAAUGCAGAGAAACAGUAUCCGAGAAGCACCAACGAGAAAGGUGUAAAAGUUAUGAUCGUGGAACCAAACGUGUGGCAUAUGGAUCCAAUGAACAUACCGGAAAAUACACACACAAUGAUAGAAGUGGAGCCGGUAGUAUAUUUCUAUGACAAUAAUACUCGUGGACUGGGUUCUAAGUUGAGAGAGUGCAUUUUCGAUGACGAAGAGGGCGCUAGAAAUGUUCGCACACUUCAAGGUUACGUUUAUAUGAUUGAAAAUUGCCAAUCGGAGUGCCAUCAACAGUACUUGGUGAAAUUUUGCAAUUGCACAAUGGAUCUGCUAUUUCCACCUGGACCCUACCCUACCUGCCGCGCAAAGGACUUGGUGUGUUUGGCGCAGAAUAAUGAACACUUUCUGUAUUCUCACCGCGCGGAGGAGGAAUUAUAUGUGCACAACUAUCACGAGGGCAUGGUUUGUGAGUGUUUCCGCAACUGUUACUCGCUCAACUAUGUGUCGGAUGCGCGUCCAUCAUUUCUACCGCCGGAAAUGCACGACAAUCACUCAUAUAUCUUCUUGGAUGUACAUUUCCGUUUCGAGACAAUGAUGGUUUAUCGCACAAGUUUAAUAUUCGGUUGGGUGGACUUGAUGGUCGCCUUUGGUGGCAUUGCUGGGCUCUUUCUCGGCUGCUCGCUAAUAAGCACYAUGGAGUUGGCCUACUUUCUGCUCGUCGAUCUGCCCACCUUUAUGCUGCAAAAAUAUCGCAACAAAAAAGGUAAAAUGCAAGAUAAAAAACGUUCGGUUGUUGGGCCCAUGGAGCAAUUGCAAGUGAAAACUAAUAAUUGGACGCAAAUUCAGCAGUUUAAUAUGAAAAACCAGCUAAUACAUCCACAAAGCUAUGAAAGUCUUUACAGCAAUAGCAAAAUGAACAAAAAACUGCCGCUAAUCACAGACUGGCAGAGCCCACCAAUCGCUAAAAUACACUACUAG